AUGGCCGCGAGACUCGAUCGCUUCCUCAACUCGAGCUUCUUUUCCCUCCUAGCCCUCAUCUGCUUCUGCCUCGUCCUCCUUACUCCGGCCGAUGCCAUCUACCAAUGCUAUCAAACCCACCGAUUGACGAACAUCUUCUUCAUCACCGGUGCCUACGUCAUUACCUUUCUCCUCGCCAUUCUCAUUUAUGCGACCCGCAUCUACACGAAUCGCACCACCUUGGCCGGUAUCCCAAAGGCGUGGAUCCCCGUUGAACAGGAAGAUGUGAGCAAGAGCGUCAGGCGCCUGGUGAUGGAGGGACUUGCCCGCAGCGCAGUCAUCUCGUAUCAGGCUCGCCCGCGCGACAUCUCAGAUGAAUUGGACAGCUUCCAGAGCUACAAAGAUCUCCUCGUCGACCCCGACCGCCCGCCAUGGGGGCACAUCGAACACCCAGGCUGGUCAUCACCGGCGUCGCCCGAUCUGCCCGAUCUCCCCUACCGCACCGUCAUUCAAGAACUACCGAAUUUAAUUGAAGCGAAAGCCGUUUCACUGGCUCCUGCAGAUGAUUUCUCAUCAGCUGCUCCGGAUGCCUUCCCCGAUACGCGUGUAGUGGAAGUACUACAGAGGCCGGCAUCGAUGGGCCUGCGGCAGUAUAUUCGGCAUCUCACCACACUGGGUGUCGUUAACCCUCCAGAACUUGGCUCCGAAUUCUUAGCACUCUACGAGCGUGCGCGUUUCUCGUCACACCAGCUCCACGAGACGGAAUUUCGAGAGCUGAUGCACCUAUUUGCCGAGAUACUGAGGGGGAUGACAUCGCUUGCGCCGCCAGUACUAGACGUGAUUCGCGAUAGCGCGAGUUACCAUCGCGCUGAUAGCGAGUCAGUCAUUGGGCCUUCGGACGAAGAGGGUGAAACAGAUACCGUUGACCACUUCGGAUACGAUGGUACGUUCACGCCAAUGCGGAGUAACAGUCUUCGACCGUCCAAUGCGUCUACAUGGGAAACCCAGUCCGGUUACGAUACAGCCCCCGCAGGGCCGAGCCCCAUCUCCAGAUUUUCAGCUGCUAGCGGCACUUACAACGGGCGGGGUCCGUUGCGCACACCGUCAACUCGAUCAUUCCAGCGUGUCCCAUCGGGCCAGUCUGGUAGCUCCGGAGGCAGUGUGAUCCGCCUGGCACAGACGCAGAGUCCGGGGGAUCUGCCGUACACCAUUCACUACGCAGGCCGUAGAGAAUAA